AUAUGCUAUAGUAAAUUAAGUAUAGUUGAUGGUUGUUGGCAAGUACUUCGAUCAAGAGGUGAUUCCGCGCUAUGUCGAGGGGAGAGCGGGUGUUAUAACAGGCGUACUCGGGGAAAAACCCCGAGGCCACACCUGGUCACACACAGAAAGUGUUCCGAGACGAGAUCUGAACCCUGGCCUCUCACUGCACAGCUAGCUGGCGACAAGCGAGUGUCGUAGCCACUACACCACCGGGCGCAGCGUCGAAGUAGGUCGUUCGUGCGUUUGCGCAACCAUUGACACAUUCAGGUCAUUACUUUGGGUUCUUGUGUACUUAUAUGCUAGCUACUAUAAAGGUACCGUUAACUGAGAUGUAGCCGGUAUAUUUUGUCACGGUAGCACGCAUUUCGGAGUUGGACAGGUGACAUACACAAAGGUGCAGUUAUAACUGCAUAAUUUUUGUGGCAGUCCAGAUCAUACAUUAUGACAGAUACAGAAGCAGGCUGGGUCUCACUGACCACUUGUCUGGUUGUUGGUGUCGUAACACUUGCAGUAUUAUGGCUUUGGCGCUCUUGUCAAGUGCUGAUGACAUUUAAACGGAUGGGUGUUCCUGGUCCGAUGCCCAUUCCUCUGUUUGGGAAUAUGUUGACCAUGAUCAGGCAGGGAUUUGCUGAAAGCUUUCCAAUUUGGAACAAGCAGUAUGGAAAGAUAUAUGGUAUCUUCUUGCCAGGGGGACCAGGUCUGGUGAUCAGUGACCUUGACAUAAUCAAAGAUAUUGCAAUUAAAAAGUUCUCACAGUUUCCCAACAGACUGCCACAAGAAGCAUUCAAGUUUAAACCAUGGAGUGGAAAUUUACUGGCACUGAGAGGUGACCACUGGAAGCAUGUUCGUGGCAUACUUUCGCCCACAUUCAGUUCUGGCAAACUCAAAAAGAUGGCUCCUGCCAUAGAGAGAGUGGUACUUAACCUUGCUGACAAUGUGACUGUGAAAGCCAAGCAAGGAGAGAUGGUUGAAUUAAAAGAAUUCUGUAGCAGUUUUGCCAUGGAUGUCUUUGCUGGUGCAGCUUUUGGACUUCAGGUGGACUCUGUGAAGAAUCCUAAAGAUCCAUUUAUUCGCCAUGCCCAUGACUUGCUGUUUGGAAGACAAUGGCUAAUACCAAUUCUUGUGACAUUUCCAUUUUUGGUGCCAUUGUUCUUCAGAAUUGGUCUGACACUAUCUCCAAAAGAGACCACAGACUUUUUUUACGAUGUCACAGAAAGUGCUUUAAAAGAGAGGCUCAAGGAGAAAGAGAAAUUCAGUGACUUCCUUCAGCUGCUUGUAGAUGCUGAGAAAGAACUGGAAAAGCAGCAUGAGAUCGAUGCUGAAAUUGACCACAGAUCACAACUGCACACUUCCACUCAAUGGACACGCAAAGGUUUGACACGAGAUGAAAUUCACAGCAAUUCCCUAGUGUUUCUAUUUGCUGGUUUUGAUACAGUCUCCACUGCAAUGUCCUAUACCUUGUUUUGUUUGGCUGCUAAUCCUGAAUGUCUUCGCAAAGCACAACAAGAAGUUGAUGAGAAACUGGGAAAGAAACUUGCUGAUUACACUACUGCAAAUGAGCUGGUGUACCUCGACAUGUGCCUGAAUGAGGCCUUGAGGAUGUUUACUCCAGGAUUUGUCGUUGACAGGCAGUGUGCUGAGGAUACAGAAGUGGAAGGUUGCAAGGUACCUGAAGGAAUGCUUAUUUUUUUCCCAGCUCAUGCCAUCCAUAAUGACCCUCAGAUUUGGCCUAAUCCAACCAAGUAUGAUCCAGAGAGACACACACCUGAGGCACGUGCAACCAGACAUCCAUGCAGCUUUUUGCCUUUUGGGCUGGGACCCCGCAACUGUAUCGGCAUGAGACUGGCACAGCUGGAGAUCCGCAUGGCUCUGGCAGCUAUCCUACAGCGAGCCACUCCAGUGCUGUGUGAGAAAUCAGUGUAUCCGCCCCGGAGUUUUGAGUUUGGUCGCAUCACUAGCCGUGAUGGUCUGUGGGUGAAAUUCCAGCUCCGUGACUGAAGUAACAUGAGUUAUGUAACCCUGAGAAGACCUGCUCAAAGGUAAAAAGAGAGAUAUUUCACAUGAAACAAUGCCUGGAUAAAAAAAAGUGAAAAAUUAGGAUUUUGUCAGGUUAAGACAUUAUCAGCUUUAGCUCCCGUUAUUCAUCUACUGCACUUUGCAUGAAGUGCCACUCAUGUUUAUGUUUUGCAUUCAUGUUACACCAGGUGAAUGGCUUAUUGAAUAGUAGGGUGCCUUUGUUUUCUUGUGAAUUAUAUGUUGCUUGUAAAGAGUGCUAUCCAUUAUCACGGACAAAGGAUAGCAGAAAAAUUGAAUCUUAUGUGCCUUCAGUGGUUUUUAUCCCCUCUUGACCUUUGCAAGACAUUUUAAAGUCUGUUGGUGAUUGUCAGGGGAUUUCUUCUUGUGUUAUUAGCUCAGUCUUUUUUUGUUUAUAUGAUAAUCAUGUUUUUGAAAUAUGGACCAUCAAUUAAACAGUCAUGCAGCAAACUUA